UUUUAUAUUUGAGAUUCCCUACGGAAAAUGAACUUUGCCAAUGAUAAUCCCAUUCAGGGCGGUCUUCCCCAAUUUUCGGAAAUUACUUCACGAUCAAAUUCCGUGUCAAAUGCUGGAUUCACAAGUAGUAGUGCAACGCAAUUGGAUGCUUUACAAACUGCAAUUUAUACCACUGCACCAGGCUCGAAUCAAUCAAAGCAACAGAUUCUGGUUAAUCCAUCUAGUAAAUAUCCUGGAACAAUAUUAGCAUGGCCCGAUGCAAAUACCUUAAUGCAACUCUGUGAAAAACAGGGUAUUCAAGCUAUAAACAUUCCAAAUUAUAGUCAGAACAGUGCAACUUUGCUCAGUAUGCAGCCAAAUACAUUACCCGUAAGAAUUAUACCCAAUAUGUACUUGCCAACGACAUCACAAACUGAAAUGAAUGCUGUCAAACAUGAAUCUGAAGUUAAUAAUGAAGCUGAUGCUGGAAACUCUAAUGCGGACUCUCAAAUUCAAUUUCAGCAACAAAGUGUAUCAAUGGCUGAAUAUUUUCAAAAAUUACAAGCAACAUCACUUCCUCUAACACUGCAACAGUUGAUUAAAAUACAGUCUGAUCAAACUCAAAUAAAAAAAGAAAAGGAUGAAGAGCAGAAAGUUGAACAAGCGCAAAGUAUACUAAACAUCCCUACUGUACCGGUCCUUAGAACGACUCAGGUACAACAAAAUGGAAAUCAUUUCAUGAGUGCGGAACACAUGAUAAUGGGAAUAAAUCCCAAUGAAAUGAAUCUGCAUAUUGAAAGCCAGCAAGAUAAUCCUAUAGACAAUAAUACACAAGUACAUCCUAUCAAAGUUGAACAGCAAAUACAAACGGAUUCCCCGAAAACAGAACGAAAAAUGAAAUUCAGGGCGAAAACUGGUGAGAUUAAAAUUACAGUUGCCUUAGAUGGUUCUACUCUAUACUGUUGUCCUGAGUGUAACCUAGCGUUUGCUGAGAAAUCUGACAUCGAACAACAUAUCCAGGGACAUAUACAGGAAAGGAAAUAUCAAUGCAAAGAGUGUGGCGCUAUGCUAAAAAGAAAAGAACAUUUGGAUCAACAUAUGCGUGGUCAUUCGGACGAACGACCAUUCAAAUGUCCCGUGUGUCAAAAAGCAUUUAAACGUAAUGAACAUUUAACAAGACAUUAUGUGAUUCAUUCUGGAGAUAAAAAUUUCUCGUGCAGUGUUUGCCAAAAGGCAUUUUCGCGUAAGGAUCAUUUAAACAAACAUACCCAAACACAUUUGGGUAUUCGUAAAAGUAAAGCCAAGAAAGACAACGUCUUUGGAGAGAACAAAGACAUUCUGGAGAAGAGUAUAGAUACGGCAUCCCCAGGUAUCAAACAGGAGAUGAACUUCAUUACAAAGGAUGGUAACUUCGUUAAGCAGGAAUACAGUUUUCUACAGCAUAUCCAAAGCCUUCAGAAGGAUCCGAAUCUACUUCAGACAUUCUCAGCAUUCAAAGAACAAGCUCUUAGAGAGGGCGUAAUGCUACAACAACAAGCAGUUAACAUGAACGAAAUUCUGCCACAGAAUACAAGAUAUUUAAUGCCAUCUUAGUUUUAAAUUAGAUUUUUCACGCAAGUUUCCAAAGCAAUAAUCUGACAGUGAUUGAUGAUACUCGUGCGAAUAUUUGUAUUUAUCCAAAAUAUUCGGAUAUUUCUUUCUUUUCGUUUACUUUUAUCCUGGGGUUCGAUCAUGUAUUUUUACUUUCGAUGAAGCUAACAGUUGACAGGUGUAAACAACAUUAAAUGCAUAGAUUUGCUAAUCUAUUAAAUUUUCAUAUUUUCAUUAAAAUGAAAAUACAUAAUCCUGCCUCUAUCUCAAAACUGCUUUAUGGUCACUCUUGAAAAACACGCAUUUAUAUGCCAAGGCGCAAGAGACGGUCUAGAUUUCUAAUACUUUGAAAAUAAAAUAAACUGCCGCAGUACCAAAAGAAGCAGUUUACAUGGCCAAGAAAACAGAGGUGUAGAAUAAUUAGAGAUUAGGAAAAUCGAUGUAGAAGCGAAUUCUUCCAAAUGAAGCAAUGAAUAUUGCUAGUAUGAGGAUUAGAAAAAUGGCUGCCAGCCUUAAAUAGUGCAAACGCACCGUGAACGAUGCCUUAGCAAAAUUCGCGACAUGACAAGUUCGCGGUGUUUCUUGAGGGAUGUAUUAUUAUUUUGUCUUCUACGUCAAGUAUUCCUGCAUAUUCGGGAAUUCCCGGCUUCCCCGGGUAACAGCGAACAAUGGACGUUUUCGUAAAGCUGCUCCAAGCGUAUUCUGGCAUUAGUAAAAACAGGAAACAGUCGCACAGGUACCCGUGUGAUAAACGAAUCAAAGAGCCUAAAUACGCUUAAAGCAUAUUUACAAUCUCGCUAUACAAUAAGAAUUAUCUUGACUCGUAUCAGUCAAUGACUGCUCCUUGGCCACAAAUUACUAUAUUAUAAGAUCAUAAGACUAGCUUUAAAUGAAAUAGUUUUCGAAUGAAUCUAGUCUACAGUCACAAUGCUAAUAUUUGCAUUACAUUGAUUGCAAAGCGAGUAACAUUUUCAUUGUGAUUAACCAUGACUUUAUCAUGUUGCAUCUGAUAGUCUCUUCCAUAAUGAUAUUAAAUUUGAAUAUUUUUACCAAAUAAUUAUACGAAAUACUCCAUUGCUUACGAUAUUACCAUGAUGCUCACUAGUGCAGACGUUUCUUUACUCUUUUCUUUUUUGUUUUGUUAUCAACGAACCAUUUUUAUUUCGAUUAUGCAUCGAAUUAAUUUCAUGUCUUUGUUUUUGUAAGACUUUUAUUGUCAGUUUUUCCCUGGAAAUUUCAACACUACAUAACACAGACAAUAUUUUCUCAAUAAUGAUUCUCUCUUUCUGAUUCUUAAUAAAACUCGGCACUACUCCACUGAUAAAAUGCCAAGUACUUAUGCCAAUAGAUGAAUAAGAACGCAUGAUUGAAUAUUCUGACAGAAUUUAACACUAAAAGUACCAUCGACGGGUCAUUUGACCCUUUUAAAGCCAAUAAUACAUUUAUCAAAAAUGGUCGGUAUGUUUAGUGUUAAUAAGUCAAACCAAAUAGUCUGUAUGCAUAGGGUUUGGCCAUUACAAGUUUUUUUAUGAUUCGAUUAAGCUUUCAUUUGCACGCGCCAUUAUACAAAGACUUUUGUACGAGUAACGUGGACGAUAAAACUGCCGGAAGUCGUAAACGACGUCGAAUUGUCCGUUGAAAUUUUGUAAAUAGAUAUAUGACAAAGGAUCUACCUAUUUAAUUUUUUUAGUCUAGGUCCCAAGUCAUACCGAAUGAUAAUAGAACCAAAGACUUUACUUGUAUGUAAAUCUCAGUAUUUUAAUCGUUUGAUCAAUUAUAAUUCACUUACUCAAUCGGCGAUUGUCCUUUAACGCCAUUAAUCAUUUUAUAUUUUUAUAAACAAGAUAUUUGUACCACCUUGUCUUUUUUUAAGCGAUUGAUUAGAUUAAGUGAGUUUUGCGAAUGAGCAUUUUUUGCAUUUCACGAAACGGUACCGAUUACUCAACAAGCCAUUGUUACAUGUAUGAUAUACUAAUUGCCAAAAGAUGAAGAUGAAAAAUGACUCAUGUAUUUUUCAGACGGAAAUAUUUUUGAAUAAAAUAAACGUAGUCAAAGUCAA